AUGAAACUCAUUUAUCUAACACUUCUAGUACUACCUGCCGUGCUUUUGUGCUUCCAAAAUGCAAACUCAGUAUUUGCAAGAGCAGAAGAAGAUGAAUUAGAUGAUGUAGUAGACAUUGAAGGUGAAGAUAGCCAAGUGGUUGGAGAUGAUGUUAUUGAAGAUGACGAAUCUGUAGUAAAAUCAUCACAAGAUAUUGAUACUACCAUAUUGUUUACUAAACCCAUCACCACCUAUGGUGAUGUUGCUUUUGAUCUUCAAGCUGGUAAUCCUGUUGAGUUCCUUGUUGGUUUUACCAAUAAAGGAUCUGAUGACUACCUGGUUGAGACAAUGGAAGCCUCAUUCAGAUAUCCAAUGGACUACACUUACUAUAUUCAAAAUUUCACUGCUUUGCCAUACAACCGUGAAGUAAAACCUAAACAAGAGGCUACCUUUGCUUAUUCAUUUAUUCCCAAUGAAGCAUUUGCUGGACGACCAUUUGGUCUCAACAUUCAGAUUAACUACAAAGAUGCUAGUGGAAAUUCAUACCAGGAAGCUGUCUACAACCAAACAGUAAACAUUGUUGAAAUCUCAGAGGGGCUUGAUGGAGAAACAUUCUUCCUCUAUGUCUUUCUUGGUGCUGCAUGUGUUCUUAUCCUUGUGGUAGGCCAGCAAGCUUUAUCUUCUCUUGCCCGUCGCAGAUCACCCAGAUCAGCUCCGAAACCCCUCGAGACUGGAACUGCUAACGAUGUUGAUUAUGACUGGCUCCCUAAAGAAGUUGUUAAUCAGCUCAAAAAAUCACCUAAGACACCAAAACAAUCUCCACGUAUGAGGAAGGCGAAGAGAUCAGCCGGCGAUGACUAA